ACACCUUAAAAACGCCACAGUCAGUGUUUUUCAUUCAAUGAUAAGACUUCUUACUUUUCCAACUCAGACACAUUUGAGUCUGAUAAUUGCUUUGUUCGAGAUGGUUUGCGGAGGAUUUGUUUGCACGAAGAAUUCCCUAUGCGCUCUGAACAUACUUUAUGUUAUGGUGAGCUUGCUGCUGAUUGGAGUAGCUGCUUGGGGGAAAUGGUUUGGCCUGGUCUCCAGUAUUCGGGUGGUGGCUGGAGUCGUUGGCGUGGGCAUCUUCCUGUUAUUUGUGGCCUUCGUGGGCCUCUGUGGAGCCCUGAUGCACCACCAGGUCCUGCUGUUCUUUUACAUGAUUAUUCUGUUCCUGGUGUUCGUGGUGCAGCUGUCAGUGUCUGCUGCAUGUCUGGCUAUCAGUAAAGAGCAGCAGAAAGAACUCCUAGAGGUGGGCUGGAACAAGUCGGAGGCCACUCAGAAGGAUGUGGAGAGAACUCUAAACUGCUGUGGCUUCUUCCAUACAAACUAUAAUGGCACCUGUGACGCGGACUGUUUCGCCAACCCAUUAUCCUGUGACCCUUGUGCUCCAAUCAUCCAAAGUCAUGCUGAGGAGGUUUUACGCUUUGUGGGCGGGAUUGGAUGCUUCUUCAGCUUCACAGAGAUCCUGGGAGUGUGGCUAACACACAGAUACAGAAAUCAGAAGGAUUCCCAUCCAAACUCUGGUGCAUUUCUAUAACUAGCCUGUUCAUGAACUCAACUUUGCACUGUCAUGCAUUUGUAUUUAGAUCCUGUGACUCAUCUACGACUGUUUCCUAUUCAGAUAUUCCCAUUGCUGUGAUAAUAUAACUGUGUUGAUAUAUCUAAUACUAUUGACUGUUUUUUGACAAAGUUAGUGAAAACAAACAAUUCCAAUCAAUUUGAAUCUUGCGUGAUGGACACUGAAAUUGAGAGCAGUUACUUUAAGGUUAAAUUUGACUGAGGUCACUGAUUGGAGUAGUGAUCAAAUGUCAUAAACUUACUGUGCACACCUUAUACAAACAGAGCACACGUAAUGUUUCCUAGUAAGCUGUCUGGAUUCCCAGUUUCAAACCCGGCUUUCUUUGGGUACCUACACAGUGCUGUCUUUGUUGCGUGUAUGGGGGGGGGUGUAUUAGAUGUCAUACGGAUGCCAACAGAUUCAGCUUCUUUUUCAGAUUCAACUCUACUAAAGUUUAGAUGGAGUUGAUCACUUCACAGGGCAUGUACCAGUACAAACAUUAAGCUUUUUUUUUUUUGUCUGUUUCUAAACGGUUAGGCCAUAUCAUCCUAUUCAUUUGAGAUCUGGAUGCGUCAAGCGUUACACAAACUGAUUUUGUAUCAGUUCAUAUUACAACCCAUUUCUAAACAUCUACUUUAGGCUAUUAUCACUUGCAUUGACAAUGUCACAACCAAAAAAAUACAAUUCUCAAAAGGAGAUUCAGGAAGAAAAUAAUUUACUGAGGUGAUUUCUUCACUGGAAAUGGGGUAGUGUGACUUCAAUGCUUCAUCUAACUCACACUCACACUGUUCUCCAGUGAACAUUGGGGUUUGCAUAGAAACUUGCCUUGCCUCAUUUGGCCAAACCCCUCUGAGAUCUACUUUAGAUACAGAGCACAGUGAGUUGCAAUGCAGUCUUAUGACCUACUAAGAAAAUGUAACUUAGUGCUGUUAGUCACGCCUAGGCUACAUUCCUGCCUUCCAAACAGGAUAGGAACCAGGAGCUGACUGUAGUCCCUUU